CCUACUUGCUAGAUGCUACGACUCCCGCGGCGUCACACACUGGCGGCGGCAAGGCCAAGCACUUGCCUUUGCCUUUUUCGUCUGUUUCUGGAGACACAGCGACUUGCUUGGGCAAAUGUGCAUGGAAGGACCCCAGGUGUCCAUGGUGUUCGCCAACUAGACCUAGAGAUCUUUGAUUUUCACUAUUGGUAGCUUGAUGCAAACCAUUGAGUUGACUUACAUCAUCCUGCUUGUCGACUUGACCAAUCAGUUUUCCGGAGAAUAGAGGUUGCAGCCCUCAUUGACACCUGAUAUUUUUGUUUAUGGUCUUGGAAUGAUAGCUGAUUUGCACGUCAUGGGCAUCUGGUCAGCAAUAUGAGUAAAACGCGUUGUGAGGAUGAUGGAAAAUGAUUAACGGGAUCAAGAAUGCCGACUUCAAUCCCGGCAACCCUGCUGCUGCUGCUGUACGAAAAGCUCGAGACGAGGGAGCCGAGGAGCCACUGGAGGCACUCUUUGUCGUUGCUACUCGUUUGAAGAAGAAGUAUGUCUACUGCUUCGACAAGUCCCCAUCUCUCGGCUAUUUUCACACCGAGCAUCCACUGCGGCAGUUUGCGAUAUGGCUCACAACAAACCUACUCUUUGAUUUUGUCGUCAUAUCGGUUAUUUUAGCCAACUGUGUCCUGCUUGCCCUGGAUGAUCCACCAGUGGUACCAGAGUAUGCUUUUCUCGGCGUGUAUACCGUUGAGAUGCUGUUCAAGAUCCUUGCCCAAGGCUUUGUGAGACACCACUUCACAUAUCUGAGAGAUGGUUGGAAUAGGCUGGAUGCUGUCGUCAUUGUGCUGGGGUAUGUAGCUCUGAUUCCAACCGUGGGCAACUUGUCUGGCUUCCGAGCUCUGAGAGUGCUGCGGGCGCUGCGCGCCAUUAAUGCGCUGCCUGGCCUCCGCAUCAUGGUGAACAGCUUGCUGAGUUCAUUGCAAGCCAUUGUCAGCGUCUUCAUUCUGAUGUUCUGUUUUAUCAUCAUGGUCGCCGUUCUGGGUCUUCAGUUGUUCAGUGGCGUGUUGCGUCACAAGUGCGUGCGAGAGUUGCCAAUGCUGAUGAAUGGUACAGACAAUGGCACAAUGUGGAAUGACACUGCCCUGGAGACCACUAUGAUGAUGCUGGAGACAACUACCGCAAUGGCGUCGACGCUCACUUCCACUUCGCUACCAUUCACUCCCUCUGUGUCUGGCUUUAAUUUCGCUGAUUAUGCCCACAAUGCCAGUAACUGGCAGUUAGAAAUGGGACUACCUGUCGUGUGUGGAAAUGCUUCUUCUGCUCGGCUCUGUGCUCCUGGUUAUGUAUGUCUGCCUGAUGUCGGGGAUAAUCCUCGCUUUGGCUUUUUAAAUUUUGACAACUUUGGCUGGUCCAUGCUCACAUCUUUUCAACUUGUAACCUCCGACAACUGGGAGGAUGUAUAUAACCACAUCUUGGCAUCGCAGGGACCUGCGAUCAGUAUUAUUUUCUUUUUCUUCGUUAUUUUUCUUGGUUUCUUUUAUGUUCUUAACCUGGUGCUGGCCAUUGUUACUAUAGCGUACAACAAAGAAGUGGAAAAGGAGAAGUCUGAUGCGAAACGGGUAAAUGAGUUUGGCAUACCGCGAAAAACUGCUCUGUUAGACCUGGACCGAACAAAUUCCGAACAGGAAGGGCCCGAUGUCAAGGUGAAGACCAACCGGCGCCUUGAUGGCCGAGAGCUACUACGCCAGCUGACGCUGUCCAUCGGCUUUGAAGUGUUAAUCGGAGGUUGUAUUGUCAUCAACACCAUUGUUCUGGCCAUAGAGCACCCAUUCAUCGACGAGGAGCUUGGCUUUGGCCUGUGUGUAUGCAAUGUGGUGUUCACAAUGGUGUUCUUCGUCGAAGCCAUGCUGAAGAUCUUUGCACACCGCGGACUACCAUACUUCAGGUCCAAGUGGAACGUGUUUGACUUCCUGCUGGUUCUAAUCAGUUUGUCCGAGCUCAUCUACAUUGGUGCACUGAGUGGGACAAUCUGCGGUGGUACCAGAGAUGACUCGCACAUCGCCACCGCCCUCAGAACAUUUAGGCUGCUACGAGUCCUGAAGCUAGCUAGGUCCUGGACGACGAUGAAGGCGUUGCUGAGUAUUAUCUCCAAUUCUCUUUGGGAUGUUGGUAACUUGACCAUGAUCAUGAUCAUCGUUAUCUACACGUUUGCGCUGGUUGGUACACAUCUGUUCCGCCAUUACUACACGCCGGCAGAUCUGAACAGAGGAGGUGUCGAAAGAUGGAACUUUUCAGAUUUUGUGCAUUCCUGCGUAACCAUCUUCACUAUCCUGUGUGGUGAAUGGGUGCUGCCGCUGUACGAUACGAUGCGCGUUUCCAGUCCAUUUGCCGUUCUCUUCUAUAUCCUCGUCAUCUGUGUGGGAAACUUCCUGAUCUUGAACUUGUUUGUUGCUCUGCUGUUGAACUCGUUUAACCUGGAGAACUGGCAGGCCAGUGUCCAGAAAGCUGCCAAGAAGCACCAGCAACAGCAUAAAUCUGUGGACCCUGACUUUCUUCGGCGUAUGAACAUUCCCUGGCUGGCAAAGAAGCAACAUCACCGCCCGGAUAUGCACCAAUCCCUUUCCCGCUCCAACAGCUUUCCGAACAUUUCAACUGUUCCCUCUGCCACUACCAGCAACUGUCCUCGGACUUCUAUUGACAUUGUGCGAGAAGUAAACGAUACAAAGGAGGACGAGCUAGCAACCUGUUUGGGAUGCAAGAGUCAGUUCAGUAUGGAACAGGGUCCCGCUUACUUUGGCAGAUUGAGACGAUCUCAGAGCUAUGGAGGGCCGUUCUGCAUACCGAAUGAUGAAGAAGAUGACAGUCCAGCACCCAAGGUCAUGCUACGUGUUGUGCCCAGCCUGCCAGUCAGUAAGGAUGGCAGUGCACUUCCACUGUUGCAGCAAGCCACUAUGAUCCAUACCAUCAACGAAGAUGAAGAUGUUGAGAUGUGCUCGUUGAACCGCCUAACCCUUGCCCAGUCACCACACACUGUUUCGAGUGGAACUAACAUAUGUGUUCCGGGUACAGUACAUACUACAACGGACUUCUCGCCAACUGCAUUAACGUUACGGCCAGGAUCCUCCUCUGGUGACAUACGAACGCCAUGCGAUUCAAUUAAUGGCGCCGCAGACAAGCCACUCGCCUUUGAUUCUUUGUCGCACGAAGAAUCGCCAGGCAAACGUUUCCGUUUGGUGUCCGCUCAGAUCAUGCGUAAGAUCGAAGGAGGUGUAAAGUCCAGCUGGUCCUUCCACCGUCCGUCAUGUUCAACAACUACUGAGAUUGACCUGCCGGGCAAGAAAACCAGUCGUGCGUUGAGAUUUGUGCGGAAAGCGCGGCGUAUCUGCCAUUGGAUUGUGACUGCGGCAUACUUUGAAUACGUCGUGCUGAUUCUGGUCGUUGGCAGCUCAAUCUCACUGGCUUUCGAGGACUCCACGGUGGUGUCCAACUCUUCGCGGCAUCGACUCUUGAACAUACUCAACAUCUUCUUUGCUGUCUGUUUCACCGUGGAAAUGCUUAUGAAGUGGUUUGGUCUCGGCCUGAAAGAGUACUUCAAGAACUCGUGGAACAUUCUCGAUUUCAUCAUUGUCUUGAUCUCCUUGAUCAGUCUUGACUACACGGGUAACGGUGAGAUCAGUGUGUACGCCGGUGUCCGUGUGGUUAGAACAUUACGUUGCCUGCGCCCAUUGAGAGCCAUAUCACGCUGGCCAAGCAUGAAGGUGGUUGUAAAUGCGUUGAUCAGCGCCAUACCCAGCAUUGCCAAUGUCCUUCUCGUCUGCUUGAUCUUCUGGCUCAUCUUUUCCAUCAUGGGCGUACAGUUCUUUGGCGGGCGCUUCUACAGUUGCUUGGUCAAUGACACGCAAGUGAAUGCAUCAAUCGUACCGGACAGAGAGACAUGCGUUACAAUGUAUGGCAACUCAUCCUGGAAGAAUGCCGCUGUAAACUAUGACAAUGUUGUCAAUGCUGCUCUGGCACUCUUUCAAGUGGCUACGUUUGAAGGUUGGAUUGAAAUUAUGGCUGCCUCUGUUGAUGCAGUUGGCCUGAAUCGACAGCCCAUUUUUGAAAACAAUCUGUACGCGUAUCUCUUCUAUGUGGUCUUCAUUAUUGUUGGUGCCUUCUUCACCCUCAACCUCUUCAUUGGAGUAAUCAUUGAUAACUUCAGCCGAAUUCGAAAGGAUCAUGCCAAUGAUAGAAUCAGCGGUGGUGGUGGUGCACGUCUGCUGCUCACCAAUGAUCAACAGAGGUGGAUGUCUACCAUGCUAAAACUUGCCUACGCGAAACCAAGGCGAAUAGCCGUGAGACCCGAGAAUGUAUUUCAGCGCUAUUGUUACCACAUAGCCAAAAGCAACCGCUUUGACCUAGCCAUCAUCAUAUUGAUCAUGAUGAACUUGGUUGUGCUUGCUGUACAACACCACAAUCAGCCGGAACCCGUCACCAAUGCACUGUACAUUCUGAACAUCUUCUUCACGGCGGUCUACGGCCUGGAGGCCCUCAUCAAGCUGGUCGGUCUUCGAACAGGCUACUUCCUGGACAAUUGGAACAACUUUGACUUUGUCGUUCUCAUCUUGUCCAUUGCUGCACUGGUCCUGGAGUCAUUUCGCCUGACGUUCAUUAGCAUCGACCCAACGGCACUGCGGGUGAUCCGAGUGUUCCGCGUCAUCCGCCUGGUCCGGCUUAUCCACCACUAUCGCGGGAUAAGAAAGCUGAUCAUAACGCUGACGUAUUCACUGCCGGCCCUGGUCAAUGUCGGUGGCCUCCUCAUGCUCAUGAUCUAUAUCUAUGGUAUUCUGGGAAUCAACCUCUUCGGCCAUGUCAAGCUCACCGGAGCUCUAUCUGAUCAGGUGAAUUUCAAAACGAUAGGCCGAGCGCUGCUGGUUCUGUUCCGCUUGUCCACGGCUGCCGGGUGGAAUGACAUCUUGAAUCCUUUAGUAAUUGAACCUCCAGACUGCGAUCCAGAGUUCGAAGGCCUAGUGAAUGGCAAUUGUGGCUACCCAGUCGGAGCACCAAUCUACUUUGUGACAUUCACGGUGUUCACCUUUUUGAUAAUUCUUAAUUUGUACGUAGCUAUUAUCCUAGAAAACUAUGUGGAGGUCAGCGAGGACAGUAUCUUUGAAGAUGACAUUGAUGCCUUCUACUAUCGGUGGGCCAAGUUCGACCCGAAGGCAUCGCAGUUCAUUCACAUAGAGAAAGUUGUAAUAUUAAUACGUGGCUUGAAGGGUGCAUUGAAAGUAGAGGAUGCGGGCUCCGAGACAAUAGCUGAACUGAACCUGCCGGUGUAUGAGGACCACUCAAUCCACUGCUUGGACUUGCUGAAAGGCCUGGUGAAGAUACGACUUGGAAUGGUUGACGAGAAUGAAGCCAUGUCACAGGUGAUUGAACGCAUAGAAGACCGAUUUGCAGAGCGGUUUCCUCGGCGUACAGCACGCAAACCAAUCUACCACACUAGCCGUGUCCUGCCUUGACUAGUUUUAUUCUUUCAAAAAGUACUUUUUCACAGAGUACUUCUCUUUCUCCUUACUGCAUCUUUUCAACUUCCCUGUGGGUACGCCUCACAAUGGCUAUAGUGUUAUAGAAACCAUGCUAGUAAAUACUUCCCUCCUAAACCCAUCUCUUACCAUGCCAAAUCUUGCGCAUAGCGUGUACAUGUAUAAACUUGUCCAUUGUCUUCUCUUUUGUUUUUAGUCCACUUCAAAGACUCUUUGUUCAUCAUCAAAAUACCACUGAAAAAUAACUAUACUACUGAACAUUUUCUCCUCUUCUUUUCAUAUUUUCUGAUCACCAGUUUGACAGGCAGGCCUUAAUUUCUUUUUUCAGUCUAAGAACUUCAUUAUAGUCUCAUGAGGACGUGAGCGUGGAAAUGCCACUGUUCCAGUGUAAGCGCCUGGUGCAAGUGAAUAAUGGACUAGGA